AUGCCUGUCAGCGCCAUCGAUUCCUUUCUCUUCAAGAAUCUCUUCGGCACCGAGCAGAUACGAGCCAUCUUUGACGACAAAGCAUACAUCCAGCGAUGCGUCGAUGUGGAAGUAGCUCUGGCAAAGGCACAAGCCUCGCUCGGGGUCAUCCCCGAGCACAUUAGCCAGCAGAUCGCAGCCGCGUGCAGUGAUAUCAAACUGGACUACGACCGACUCUCGGACGAGACAGAAAUCGUCGGCUACCCCAUCCUCCCCCUGGUUCGGCAAAUCUCCACCGCCUGUAGCGAGGAAGCGGGGAAGUAUGUUCACUGGGGCGCCACCACCCAAGAUAUCCAGGACACGGCUUCUGUCCUCCAGAUGCGAGAUGGCCUGCUUGUCGUGGAGGAAGUGUUGGAAAGCCUCAUCUCCACCCUGACCUCCCUGUCCUCGAAAUACAAAGACACUCCCAUGGCCGGCCGCACCCACCUGCAACACGCCCUCCCCGUAACAUUCGGCUAUAAAACCGCCAUCUACCUCUCCAGCCUCCAGCGGCACCUCGACCGCCUACACCAACUCCGCCCCCGCUGCCUCCUCGUCCAGUUCGGCGGCGCAGCAGGCACUCUCGCCUCCCUAGGCUCAGAAACCGAUAUCGGACUCCGCGUCCGCAAAGCCACGGCUUCCAACCUCAAUCUCCACGACCCGAGCAUAACCUGGCACAGCGCCCGCGACGGCGUAGCAGAAAUCAUCAAUUUCCUCGCCCUCGUAGGCGGCACAUUAGGAAAGAUAGCCAUGGAUCUAAUGAUCAUGUCGUCGAACGAAUUAAACGAAGUCAGCGAGCCCUUCGUCCCACACCGCGGCGCCAGUUCCACGAUGCCGCAGAAGCGAAACCCCAUCUCUUCGGAAGUCAUACUCGCGGCAUCCAAAAUCCUCCGCGCGAACGCUGGGUUGUGUUUAGACGCGAUGAUAACGGAUUUCGAGCGGGCGAGCGGGCCGUGGCAUCUCGAAUGGGUCGCUGUGCCGGAGUCGUUCGUGGUAGCGGUCGGAGCGCUACGGCAGACUGAUUUUGCGUUGGGCGGUUUGGUGGUGAAUACGGGCGCGAUGAGGGAGAAUCUGGAUUCGACUAUGGGGUUGAUUGUGGCGGAGGCGGUGAUGAUGGAGUUGGCGAGGGUGGUGGGGAGGCAGAGGGCGCAUGAUGUGGUCUAUGAGGCUUGUAGGGAUGUGAUCGAAGGGGAGAGGGGAGCGACGUUGUUUGAGGUUUUGGUGGGGAAGGAGGAGGUUACGGCGGCGAUUGAGAUGGAGAAGCUGAAGAGCUUGUGUGAGCCGGCGAACUAUCUGGGUGCUGCUACGAGGAUGGUUGAUGAUGUGCUUGCUGUGAGACAGUGA